UUUUGCACCUCCUCUUCCCCCUCUGCCCUCCCUCUUGCCUAGAGAGGAGGCCCUCCGGGUCCCAGGCUCCCUGCUGCUUUAUUGUGCGGCCCAGGGUUAUGCAUUUCUAUCUAAGCUUCUCUCUCUGGACACCGAUUCCAUCGAGGCACGAGCACGGGAAGGCUGUUUUCCAAAUUGCUGUUGUUAAUUGCACCUGCCUGGCCAAUUACCUCUGGGAAUUUGUGGGAGGAGCCGAGAGGUGGAAAAUGUUGCUUCGCUUUGUCGUGGGAGGGAAACUUUGUCACCCAGCACGAGACUUCUGCCACGCGUAACCAUAAGCAGCGCGGUCCUGGAUUCUGCACUCGAUGAUUCGGUAGGAGGUAGAGGUCACUCUGACCCGGCAUCCCGCGGACCUCCAGCCCCUCGGGUGCCGCCCCGCGUGUUACCUGCGCCACCCGCCCUCCCCGCGGAAGUCCCCACGAGGUGUUUUCAGGGUGGAAGGACAGUCAUAAAGAGCGCGCGGCUCCAGUGUAACGGCAGCAGCCCUGGGAGGCAGCGAGGGGACCAAAUCCCGGGGACGAGGCACCAGAAUUAACUUCUGGCUAAAGUUAUGGGAAGCGCAGCCAUGGACACCAAGAAGAAGAAAGAGGUUUCCAGCCCUGGAGGGAGCGGCGGCAAGAAAAACCCCAGUUUGAAGAGACGGUCAUUACGAGUGCACAUUCCGGACCUGAGCUCUUUUGCCAUGCCACUCCUGGAUGGAGAUGUGGAGAAUUCAGAAAAGCACUCUUCUCGGAAGGUGGACAGUCCCUUUAGUUCAGGCAGCCCUUCCAGAGGACUCUUCUCCAGGGGCCCCCAGCCUCGGCCCUCCAGCCCUGUGUCUGCUCCUGUGAGACCCAAGACAAGCCCUGGAUCUCCCAAAACUGUGUUCCCAUUCUCCUACCAGGAGUCUCCUCCACGCUCACCACGCCGCAUGAGCUUCAGUGGGAUCUUCCGCUCCUCAUCCAAAGAGUCUUCACCCAACUCCAACCCCUCUACCUCUCCCGGGGGCAUCAGGUUCUUCUCACGGUCCAGAAAAACCUCCAGCGUCUCCUCUUCUCCAUCAACACCCACCCAACUGACCAAGUCGCACCCAUUUCCCCUGGAGUCCUACAAGCAGGAGCCCGAACGCCUAGAAAACCGCAUCUGUACUUCCUCGUCCCCACCAGACACCGGCCAGCGCCUCUGCCUGGCCUUCCAGAGUCCAGUGCGGCCUCCACUGGCAUCCCCCACUCACCAUGUACCCCUAAGAACCGCGGCGCUGGCGGCGGCCCCGGGACCCGCGGAAGCCGGCAUGCUGGAGAAGCUGGAGUUCCAGGAGGAAGCAGAAGACUCAGAAAGUGGUGUUUAUAUGCGAUUCAUGAGGUCACACAAGUGUUAUGACAUCGUUCCAACCAGUUCAAAGCUUGUUGUCUUCGACACUACGUUGCAAGUCAAAAAGGCCUUCUUUGCCUUAGUAGCCAACGGAGUCCGUGCAGCGCCUCUGUGGGAAAGUAAAAAGCAGAGCUUUGUAGGAAUGCUCACUAUUACAGAUUUCAUAAAUAUACUGCACAGAUACUAUAAAUCACCUAUGGUACAGAUUUAUGAAUUAGAGGAACAUAAGAUUGAAACGUGGAGGGAGUUGUACUUACAAGAAACCUUCAAGCCUUUGGUGAAUAUCUCUCCUGAUGCAAGCCUCUUCGAUGCUGUAUACUCGUUGAUCAAAAAUAAAAUCCACAGAUUGCCAGUUAUUGACCCUAUCAGUGGGAAUGCACUUUAUAUACUUACCCACAAAAGAAUCCUCAAGUUCCUCCAGCUUUUUAUGUCUGAUAUGCCAAAGCCUGCCUUCAUGAAGCAGAACCUGGAUGAACUUGGAAUAGGAACGUACCACAAUAUUGCCUUCAUUCACCCAGACACUCCCAUCAUCAAAGCCUUGAACAUCUUUGUGGAGAGACGGAUAUCAGCACUGCCUGUGGUGGAUGAGUCAGGAAAAGUUGUAGAUAUUUAUUCCAAGUUUGAUGUAAUUAAUCUUGCUGCUGAGAAAACAUACAAUAACCUAGACAUCACAGUGACCCAGGCCCUGCAGCACCGCUCACAGUAUUUUGAGGGUGUGGUGAAGUGCAGCAAGCUGGAAACGCUGGAGACCAUCGUGGACAGGAUAGUAAGAGCCGAGGUCCAUCGGCUGGUGGUAGUAAAUGAAGCAGAUAGUAUUGUGGGUAUUAUCUCCCUGUCAGACAUCUUGCAAGCUCUGAUCCUCACACCUGCAGGUGCCAAGCAGAAGGAGACAGAGGCAGAAUGACCACUGUAGAUGCCCUCACAAGAGAACUUGAACAAAUUCCCGGGGUCACAUUUUGCCUCAUGAACACUGGCUGCAAUAGAAGAAAAUAAAAUGGCUAAGAAUGUAUAUCAGGGUUUGGCGAUGGGUAUUUUUCCAGUGAUUUGUAAGCAUAGGAAAAGAUUGUAUGUGCUUGAAGAAGAUUCAGGCUUGCAUUCAAAGACUGUCCUCAGACCCCCGUCCGAGGGAUUUUCAAUGCUGUUUGUCAUUAAAGUGCACUGUGUCCUGAAA